AUGGCUUUGGUUUUCUUUAGUGGAAUAUGUUGGAUAUUUUGCUGUGGUUCUUGUGUCGGAAGAGAUACUUUAAGAGCAAUUGGGCUUGGAAGUCCUGCUUUUACGGAAGAGGAGGAAUGGGAAAUGUUUGAAGAAGGAGCUGAUGUAAAUAAUAAUGUUGAUGAAGAAAGUGUAUGGGAUAAUAAUCAGGAAACAUUUCAAUAA